AUGCUAUGCCUUAGCAGUCAAUCGCAGUCCACUCUGCUGAGCAUCUUCUCCCAGGAGUACCAGAAACAAAUCAAAAGAACACAUGCCAAGCAUCACACUGCUGAAGCUGUUGAAACUUACUACCAAAGGUACCUGAAUGGGGUGAUGAAAAAUGCAGCUGCCCCUGUAUUACUGGAGCUGGCCAAUGAGGUGGACUUUGCCCCAUCAUUGAUGGCUCGUAUUGUGUUAGAAAGAUUUCUACAAGAAAAAGAACAAACCAUCCCCUCCAAAACUCUUAUAAAUACUAUGCUACGGGACCCUUCUCAGAUUCCAGAUGGAGUUCUAGCAAAUCAAGUCUAUCAGUGUACUGUGAAUGACUGUUGUUAUGGACCACUGGUGGACUGCAUCAAACAUGCUAUUGGGCAUGAGCAUGAAGUCUUGCUGCGAGAAAUGCUUUUGGAAAAAAAUCUCUCUUUCAUAGCUGAAGAUCAGCUUCGUGCAAAGGGUUACGACAAAACACCAGACUUUAUUUUAGAAGUGCCAGUAGCUGUUGAAGGACACAUAGUUCACUGGAUUGAAAGCAAAGCCUCAUUUGGUGAUGAGAGUAGCCACCAAACCUACUUGCAGGACCAGUUUUGGAGCUACUGGAACAGGUUUGGCCCUGGAUUAGUCAUCUACUGGUAUGGAUUUAUUGAAGAGCUGGACUGCCAUCGUGAACGUGGUAUCCUGCUAAAAGACUGCUUUCCUACCGAUAUUGUGACUCUGCGACACAGCAUGGCUCAACGCUGAUGUUGGGAGGAAGAGGUAAAUCCGGAAGCAAUUUUACUUUCCUG